GAGCCCGGGCUAUCGUGGGCCGGACAGGACGGAUGGCGACUGUCAAAAGGAAAUAGGAUCAUGGCAGCAGAUGAUGACAAUGGUGAUGGAACAAGUUUAUUUGAUGUCUUUUCUGCUUCUCCUCUUAAUAAUGAUGAUGGCUCUUUGGACAUAUAUGCUGGUUUGGACAGUGCUGUUUCUGAUACUGCACCCAAAUCCUGUGUACCAUCCAGAAAUUGUUUGGAUUUAUAUGAAGAGAUCCUGACUGAAGAAGGAACUGCAAAGGAGGCAACAUAUAAUGAUUUGCAGGUAGAAUAUGAAAAAUGUCAGCUGCAAAUGAAAGAACUGAUGAGAAAGUACAAGGAAAUACAGACACAGAAUUUCAGCUUGAAAAGUGAAAACCAGUCUCUUAAGAAGAAUAUUUCAGCACUUAUCAAAACUGCCAGAGUGGAGAUAAACCGCAAGGAUGAAGAAAUCAAUAAUCUUCACCAAAGAUUGUCUGAAUUUCCACAUUUUCGAAAUAAUCAUAAACCUGCAAGGACAUCAGAUACAAUCAAAACAAAAGAUCUUAAGUCCAGAUCUCCUCAUUCGGAUGAUUGUUCAAAGACUGAUCCCAGACCGAAAAGUGAUAUUUCCAGAGAUUUGCAUCAUGGCAUUUCACUGCCAAACUUGGGAAAAGAAGGAAAAUCACAUUCUGAAACAAGGAGCACUUCACUUUUGCCAACAUCUAUUGAAAAGCAUUGUGCCAGUGGCAUUUGGUCACGUUCCCAUUAUCAAGUUGGUGACGGUAGCUCAAGUGAAGAUAAUAGAAGAGAGAAAAAAGAUAUUAGACAUAGCCAGUAUAGUGGAGGAAGUGAUAGAAUCCGAAAAGAUUUUAAUUCUAGCUGUGGUGAUGGUGAACCAAGAAACACAGAGGCUAAUCAAAGGCUACAACAAGGACGUCCUGAGAAAUAUGGUAAAAGUGAACCAAAGGCAGAGAGCAAAAAUUCCAAGUUUAAAAGUAACACAGAUUCAGAUUAUCAAGGUGAACACAUUAGCUCUUCUUGGGAAAAAGAGACGUCUAGAGAAAGGUCACACAUUCGAGUGGAAUCUCAAAAUGAGAAAAGACUAGAACGACAGAGUGAAAGAUCACAAAAUGUAAAUCGGAAAGACCUUAAAUCACAGGACAAAGAAGAAAGAAAAGUUGAUCAGAAACCUAAAUCAGUAGUAAAGGACCAGGAUUAUUGGAGAAGAUCUGAACAAAAAUUGCUUCCUCAUUCCAGGAACGAGAUAAAAUCUUCUCAUAAUUCAAGUAAAUACUAUCUGGAAGAGAGAAGAGGAAGGGAAGAGUGUAAAAGAGACAGGGGUGUAAGCAGUCAUAGUUUUCAAGAUGGAAGAUGUGCAUCUUUUCUUUCAAGCAGUAGAGCUUAUAAACACAUUGAUUCUAAGGAAGUUGAUGGUAUGCACCAGUGGGAAAAUACACCCUUAAAAGCAGAAAGGCAUCGUACAGAAGAUAAGAGGAAAAGAGACCAAGAAAGCAAGGAAGAAAAUAGGCAUUUGAGAAAUGAAAAAAAGACAUCUACAGAACAUUUGCAGAGGACUAAUAAAGAAACUAAGAAAAACAUUACUGAUUUAAAGAGACAAAAUGAGCCAAAAUUUGGUAAAAGUGAAAUUUCUGAAAGAGUAGAUGACAAAGAACUUGCAGUAAAAGUUGAGAGUGGUCCAAAUGAAGUAAAAAACAAAGACUUUAAGUUGAGUUUUAUGGAAAAAUUGAACUUAACUCUUUCUCCUGCUAAAAAGCAGCCUGUUUCUCAGGAUAAUCGGCAUAAAAGAACUGAUACUCCCAAAUCUAGUAUAUGUGAUUUGGAGUCCUUGGUGAAUGCUAAAAUAGUGACAUGUGUUCCAUCUGUUAGUGAACAUAUCACAGAGGAAACUAAAUCAAAGUUACCAGAACCAAAGGAUGCUCUUCCAACAGCAUCUGAACACAGGAUCAGUAUUCCAGAAAGCAAAAUGAAAAAAAAAAAAAGCUUGUUACUUAAAUCUGUUGAGAAUCCUGUGCCUUGUGACGUGCCUCUUUGUGGUACUGAGACUUGCAUUUCAGCACCGGUGGAAAAGGACCAAACAGAGUCCUUUUUACCGUCAACAGAAAUGAAACAAACCACUGAUAGUACAAAGGCUGCUCCUGUGGUAAUGGAUGUGUUACAAACAGAUAUCUCUCAAAACUUUGGCUUAGAAUUGGAUAACAAAAGAAAUGAUUGUUUUAAUUCCUGCAGUAUUUCUGAAGGUAUGGAAAUGAAAGUGGGGUUUUCAACAAAAGUGGAUAAACCCAGUGAAAGCAUUUUGCAGCCACCAAUUCAAGAAGCUGGCAUUUUGCCAGUGAUCCUUUCAGGAGAUGGUAACCCAAAAUUUGAGCCGCCUUUUGUGGGUACACCUGUUGUUGAGAGUAAGUCUUGUUAUAUGGAGCCUUGCUUACCUAAAGAGACUAUAGAUUGUUCAGUGCAGAAGACAGAGUUAAUGGGCCACAGAAUGGAAAUUGGUGAAACAAACUCAGUAUAUCAUGAUGAUGAGAACUCAGUACUGAGCAUUGACCUUAAUAACCUGAGACCUAUUCCAGAAGCCAUCAGUCCUCUGAAUAGUCCAGUGAGACCUGUAGCAAAAAUUCUUAGAAUGGAAAGCCCAUCUCAAGUUUCAUUACAUAAUAACAGCCAUAAAGAUGUUUUUCCACUAAAUUCAUCUCAUUCUAUCUCCAAGAGUCAGUCUGAUGAUCUCAAUAAGGAAAAUCAAAAGCCAAUUUGUAAAUCUGACAAAUGUACAGAAGCAGACUCUCAUAAGAAUUCACCUUCAGAUGAAUUAGAAGAAGGAGAAAUUAUAAGUGACAAUGAAACAUCCAAACCACAAGAUAGUUUUGAAAAAAGUACCAAACCUGGAGUUUCUGUUCAAGUGCGGAACACAAAGACUAAUUCAGGAAGAAGGAAAAGUACUGUGCAUUUGGAUGAAGAUAAUAGGAAAACAUCUUCUGUAAAAAAUCAUCAGACCAAUAACAAAUGUAACAAGACACCUAAUGAAUUUAGUAGAUCUUCAAAAACAAAGAAGAAAGAUAAAACAAUGAGCACUUCCAGCCUUGAAAAAAUAGUUCAAAUUGUUGCUGUACCCUCUUCUGUACGAGAGGUUAUGCACAUGUUACGAAUGAUACGGAAACAUGUAAGGAAAAAUUAUAUGAAAUUCAAGGUAAAAUUUUCAUUAAUACAAUUUCAUAGAAUUAUUGAGUCAGCAGUUUUGAGUUUUACAUCACUAAUUAAACACCUUGACUUCUCCAAAAUCUCUAAGUCAGUGGCUACUUUACAGAAGAAUCUCUGUGAUACUAUAGAAUCUAAACUUAAGCAAGUUAAAAAGAAUGGCAUAGUUGAUCGUUUAUUUGAGCAGCAACUACCAGAUAUGAAAAAAAAACUGUGGAAAUUUGUAGAUGAGCAACUUGAUCAUUUGUUUGGAAAGCUUAAGAAAAUCUUGGUAAAGUUUUGUGAUGCCAUAAACUUUGGAAGUGACAGUGAUGAAGGAAAACGUGAAAAAACAAAUAAAGAAAAAGUACAUUCAAAUUGUCAGAAGGGGAAUACAGAGAAUUCCAAAAGAGAAAUGUUGAAAGUAAAACCCUCCAAAUCAGAAGACUCUGUUCAUUUUAAGUUUUUACUGGGAUGCAAAAAAUCUGAGGAAAAACAUCAAGACCAAAACAGCUCCAAUAUUAACACAGUAAAACAUGGCACUAAAAAGAAAUUUAAUACCUGCUGUGAUAAUACAGCAAACUCUGAAUCCAAAGAGCUCUCCUUGGAACUAAACUGUCUGGGCACCUCAAAGCCAGGAAAAACUGAAGGCAGCACUGUAGAAGAUGCACAGGCAUCCCAGCAUGCAUCUUUGAAGCCAGAACGUAGUUUUGAAAUUCUUACUGAACAGCAAGCAUCUAGCCUUACUUUUAAUUUAGUGAGUGAUGCACAGAUGGGUGAAAUAUUUAAAAGCUUGUUGCAAGGUUCUGAUCUUUUAGACAACAGUGUUAACGGUAAUGAAAAAAGUGAGUGGGAGUUGAAAACUCCAGAGAAACAGCUGUUAGAGAGUCUUAAAUGUGAAUCAAUACCAGCAUGUACAACUGAAGAGCUGGUUUCAGGUGUGGUUUCUCCAAGUCCUAAAAUGAUUAGUGAUGACAAUUGGUCAUUAUUAUCAUCUGAAAAAGGGGCAUCUCUGUCUUCAGGACUUUCAUUGCCAGUUCAUCCUGAUGUAUUGGAUGAAAGUUGUAUGUUUGAAGUGUCCACUAACAUAACUUUAAGUAAAGAUAAUAUUUGUAGUUCAGAAAAGAGCAAGCCCUGCAUUUCUUCCAUACUGCUUGAAGAUCUAGCAGUCUCUUUAACAGUGCCAUCACCUCUGAAGUCAGACGGUCAUCUCAGUUUUUUAAAACCUGAGGUUUUGUCUAGUUCAACUCCUGAAGAAGUUAUUAGUGCCCAUUUUAGUGAAGAUGCCUUGCUUGAGGAAGAGGAUGCAUCUGAGCAAGAUAUUCAUUUAGCUCUGGAGUCUGAUAAUUCAAGCAGUAAAUCAAGUUGUUCUUCAUCAUGGACAAGCCGGUCUGUUGCUCCAGGCUUUCAGUACCAUCCUAAUCUACCCAUGCAUGCUGUCAUAAUGGAAAAGUCCAAUGAUCAUUUCAUUGUGAAAAUACGGCGUGCAGCACCAUCUACCUCCCCUAGUCUUAAACAGACUAUUGUGCCUGAAGAGUCAUUGGCAUCUUUGCCUAUGAUGAGAAAGGAAGCUGAUGAAGCAACAGAGAAAGAAUAUAUUUCUUGUCAGAACUCAGUUUUUAAAUCUGUAGGUGAAUUGGAAAAAUCAAACAAAAAUGUUGGUGGCAGUAGAUUGGCUGGUGAAGACCAGAACUCUAUGAUACAAACACAGGUUCCUGAUAUAUAUGAAUUUCUUAAGGAUGCUUCAGGUAAAGUAGAUGAUAGUAAUGACGUGGCUGAUGAAUGUUUCAAAUUGCAUCAAGUGUGGCAACCAAAAGUACCUGAAAGCAUUGAAGAAUUGCCUCCAAUGGAAGAAAUGCCACAGUCUGUUGAGGAUCAUCUUCCAAACACAUACAUAGACUUAACAAAAGAUCCAGUCACUGAGACCAAAAAUUUAGGAGAAUUCUUAGAAGUAACAGUUCUAAAUAUUGAUCAGUUGGAAUGUUCUGGAGGCAACUUGGAUCAGAAUACUCAAAUAUUAGACAAUUCUUUACACCUGGAUACUGUCGGUGCUUUUAUUGAUUUGACACAAGAUGCUUCAAGUGAGAGUAAAAAUGAAGGUCACCAUUCUGCUAUAGCUGAUGGAGAUUUGGGGUGUCAAGUGAUAUGUGUAGAAGAGAACUGUAAGGAAGAAAAGAAGGUGCAUGUGGCAAAUAGGCCCAUGGGAUGCAUUGUGGAGGAAGCAUGUAUUGAUUUGACCACAGAAUCUGCCAGUCCAUGUGAUGAAGUAAAAAAAGAUUUAAAAUCAGUGCCAAAGUCAAAUUCUGAGAGUUCAGAAUUGCCCAAGGCUUUGAAUAAUAUGCACAAAAAAAGGAAAAACAUUUCUGAUCUAAAUCAUUCUUUUCAAAAAAAACAAAGAAAGGAAAUAGACUUAACCAGUAGAGAAAAAGCCAAGAAAGUCACUCAAGAUUCUGGUGAGAAUGAUGAAGCUCACCAAAGGAAAGCAAGUAAGAAAAAGGCCCCUGCAGUAAAUAAAGAUUCUUCAUCAUUAAAAGCAAGCCCAGGAAUGCAGGAUUCAUCAGCAACACCUGCUACUUCUAUGAGCCUUUCUGCAAAGAAUGUUAUUAAAAAAAAAGGAGAAAUUAUAGUUUCAUGGACAAGAAAUGAUGACCGGGAAAUUUUAUUGGAAUGUCAGAAAAGAGGGCCAUCAAUGAAAACAUUUACUAGUUUAGCUGACAAAUUGAAUAAAAAUCCAAAUCAGGUCUCAGAAAGAUUCCAGCAGCUAAUGAAGCUUUUUGAAAAGUUAAAAUGCAGGUAG